AUGUCGUCAGCUCAGAGGUUAUCGAGGCAUCAAAUGGGGAAAUCAGUCGCGGCGGCAUCAGCUCCGGCAAGGAGUCCUGACGGAGGUUGUAUCGGGGAUCUCGAAUCGACUCAUCACGAGGCGAUGAUGGACACAGUUGAUUUGUCUCGCUCCCAGAGGCUUUUGGUCGCAGAUGCUACGCGGCUUGCGAGAGAAGGGAGCGAGAACGUCGCCGUGAGGGAUGCGACAGAGUGUGCGAGAGACGGACAGAGCGGGGCGGUGCCCGUUGACUCGAUUACCUUGAGAGCUCGAGCAGUGGAAGACGAUCCUUUGGAAGACGACGAUUCUGACGCCGAGUUGUUUCCGACGACCUUCUAUCCCGAAGGGAUUUUCGAGGAGCUUCCACGACUACAUCCUGACUUAUUGCGCCCUGCUUUCGUGGCUGGUCAAGAUUGGGACGGUGUGGACGAGACUAAGUCGACCCUGAGGAGCGUGAAGAGGGUUCUUCGGGCCAAUAAGGCUACAGGCGUGACCUUCCUCAUUCCUACGAAGGAGCAAAGGCCUUGGUCUCCUCCGAUCGGGUACCAAACGGUAUACGAGUCCUACUUCCAGGAUGACACUCGCUGUUGGUUCCCCAUCCCGCCACUGAUCACCGCGUAUGCUAGGCGGCGAGAUCUCGCGAUUAGUCAGUUACUGAACGGCUCGCUGCGACUAGCCGUCACUCUAUCAGUUCUAGCGGAGCAGAUUGACGUGCCGAUGAGCGUCAGGUCGUUCGAGGAGAUGACCUCGAUAACCGACAUGAAGGACGGAACCUACUCGGUGAAGAUGCGACCAAAAUGCAAUGUGUGCGCCGGUCAUCCAAACAAAAUGCAGAAUUGGCAGCGUUCCUAUUUCUUCAUCAAGUCCGACGACUCGGCUUUCGAGGAGCCUCCUCGAGAGGACUAUCGGGUCUUAUGGAACCGUUCUUGUGUUGGCCAUCCCACGUCUCCAGUUUAUCCUGAGGAUUUCCUGAAGAGCGUUCGAGCCGUCGCUUUGCUUCGAAUCUACCGUUGGUCCGAGAUUACCGUCGAGAGGAUUCGCGAGCUUAAGGACCGGAUCGCCCGAAAUGCGUUCUCUCGCCGUUUCUGGAAGAGGGGCGGCUCGGGAGUCGAGGGUAGCGCCGAGGAGGCGAGCGACGUUCCUCCUUCUGGCGAACCUCAGAAGAAGAAGAAGAAGCCCGUUGACGAGCAGUCGGAGAAUCCCGAAGAACCGACUGAGAUUGAGGAGGGUGAUGUUCAAGAAGAAGAACUUCAACCCGAAGAGGAGGCUUCUGAGGCUGAAAUCUCGGGAGAACGGGACGAUGCGGCGGAAGUUGGUGAAGGGGAGGAAUCUGAAACUCCUCUUAAUGCCGCCCGUCCGGACGGUUCUGAAGAAGACAGCGGAGAGUCGCCGCUUUUGAUCAGUAGGCAUAAUGACAAGGUUGGCGAUAAGGCGAGAUCUCCUAUUCUGGCGUCUUCUCGCGAGGGAACUCCGGGACCGGCCCCUCUAGUGUACGUUCCCGAGAAGUGCGGAGAGUUCCUUCGCCAACUAAGGGGGAGGGCGAAACCUUUGCCCGCUGUGAAGGACCUCAUCUUCGGGAGUGAAUACGAGGAAGCUGCAAGGGCCAAGCUGCUGGGGGAUAGUGCGACGAACGUCGUGAUCGAUAAGUACGACACUGCCCUGAAGGGAGCUUUGGGCGAACUCGAGCUGGCUAAGAAGGAGCUCGCGGAGAAAGAGGAAGCUUCUGCUCGCCAGCUGAAUGCAUCGAGGGCUGACAUCGAGAGGCUUAACGGGAUGGUUGCACGCAUUAUUGCUCGAAGAGACGAGCUCAAAGCCGAGUUGGAGGUAUCCCGAGGAGUCGUCCGUGAGCUCGAGCGGAAGAACGCCGAACUCGAGAGCGAGAAGGUUUCGCUUGCUGCGUCUCAUGAAAGAGAGAUGAGGCGCCUUAGAGAUUCCAGAAUCCUGGAAGUGACGAGGGAAAGAGGAAGAGUUGAGGCCGAGAUGGCCGCGAAAGUUAAUCGUCGCUUCGCUAGGAUUCGCUCCCGAGAAGAGCGACGAGCUACUAUCGAGAUAUUCGCCGAGCAAGAGAAGAAAUACGAGGAGGAAGCCGAGAAGCUUAGGGUGGGCGAGAUACCCGAGGAAGAUCUCACACUUUCUCCUCUCGUAUUGGACUCUCAGUUUGUGGAUGCUCGAAUCUUGGCGAGUCUCGAUCCGUAUGGGUCCAACGCCGGCUUGAUCGAUCCGGAGACUGCAGCGAGUCUUCACGUUCCGCCUACUCAUCCGACUGAAGAGCGGCGCGAAGACCCGACGCCUCUUCUUGAAGGUCCUUUGGCUGAUCCAGAGAUCGUCCCGAGAUCAGAUGAAGUGCAUGUUUCUCCGGCUGCUCGUGAGUAA